UAGGAAUAAUGCCUCGCGAGUAACAUCGCGACGGGCAAAUGCAGCUCGCGUAGGCUCGCCACUCUCUUUGCAUUUUUUUGCAUGUAAUCUAGAAUCGAGAAUAUAAUUAUCGCGAGAGACGAGACAGUUAUGAGAGAAAAUGAUAGAAUUAUGUUAUGUUUUUUAUUGAUACUCGCAUUAUGUACGAGAGUAUAUUCAGCGAAUGCCAGACAUGUAAUUAUCAAGAGAAAUUACAGUGACCAAAGUGUAAGAGGCUACCUAGCCGAGAGGACUUGCUGGUGGAACGAAGUGUGCAAGGAAGAAUUUCACAGUAAGUUUCGGUGUCGCUGCCCAAAAUGGUCCUAUUGUCGUUCACCAGGAAGAUAUUAUGACGCACACUGUAGUAUGACACGCACAGGCUACAUAUGGACCCAACCCGAAACGUCAUUAAGUCUCGAAAUCGAUAAGUAAACGAUGCUAUGGAGUACCAGUCCCGCGAAGAAAGACAGGUGAAUUAAAAAAAAUCGAUAGAAUCCAUUUCGCAUGGCAAAGUUCAUGAAAUAAAGUAA